CAAGCACCCAGGAUAGUUGGUCAGUGGCAAUCAGCAGCCAAUAGGUGAUCUGUAUAAUCCAACAUGCCGUGCCGAAUCCUUUGCCUCCAUGGCAUGGGCAUCAACAGCCAGAUAUUUGCCUCGCAGACAGAAUCCUUUCGGAGUUUGCUGCCAUCGGACUACGACUUCACAUUUGUUGAUGGCCCGACCACUUGUAAGCCAGAGGUGGCCAUAGCCAAGGUGUAUCCAGGCCCGUACCUUUGCUGGUAUAGAACGCCGACUACUGAGUCGGUGACCGCGGCCCACCAUCACGUCAAGUCCAUCAUGGCCGAAAAGGGCCCUUUUGAAGGAAUCAUGGGGUUCAGCCAGGGCGCCGCAGUCGCGGUGUCGAUGAUCUUGCGCCACCAGCUUGAAAACCCGUCAGCACCACCCCUCUUCAAAUUUGCCAUUCUCAUCGGCUCCCCUUUGCCCUUCUCACACAGCCUGAUGUAUGGGAUUGACACGCGGGAUUACUUUGGCGUCUCUUGCAACAUGGACUGUAGCGUGCUUGCUCGGUACAAUCGUCCUAACAAGGUCCCUACAUAUCUUAUUACCCCAGACAGGUACCUCAAAGACGACGACGAUGAGGACUUCGACAAAACCGAAGAGGCGUGUCAACAGCCGACCGCAGCAAUAUUCUACCAAAUGUUCCAUUCAACAUCAGAUGAGGUCAGAAUGGACAUUCCUACUGUUCACAUAUUUGGCCGGCGUGAUCCGUGGUACCUUCAUAGUAAAGAUGUGCUACAGCUGGCAUGUGCUGAACGGGCUUCGGUGUUGGAGCAUUGUUAUGGCCAUGAAGUCCCGCGACACCUGAGUGAGGAGAUUUGCGAUUUGAUUGAGUCGGCGGUCGCCUUGGUUGAGGUUUAGUGGAAGAAAUUUGAACCAUUUCCUAGUCUACCUACUCCGGAUUCAGAGUCUCGAGUUUUGCAACGAUUUUUAAUUCAUCCUUGAGUUCCAGAGCAAACAUAUGUAACUACUUUACCUUAUUUAAUGUACUUCAUCUUAACGACCGAAUAAACCGAC